AUGGAUUUCCUCAAGAAAGGCUCCGAGAUGCUGAAGAAGUCCCAGGGGUCGUCGUCGAGUGGACAAGAGCAGCAGCAGCAGCAGCAGCAGACCGGAGGCCAGCAGAAGGAUUACGGGGAUAAAGCCCUCGAGUUCAUCGAGAAGAAGACGGGCCACCAGAUGGGUGCGGGCACGAAUGAGAAGAUUACGGAUGGCUUGAGGGGUCUCUACGAGAAGAAUACUGGGAAGAAAGUCGAUCCCAAGUGGUCGAACUAA